AUGAGAAUCGCCAUCGUAGGGGCUGGUGGUUUCGCAGCCAUCCUUGCCCAUCACAUCACGCAAACAGCGAAUCCUGUGAUCAUUCUGUCAAGAGAAUCAAAACCAGAAUUAGAGCAACGCUACGACUGUCAAGUUGCCGUAGUAGACUACGACGACGCCGAAACUCUUCGAUUUGCCCUCCAGGGUAUCGAUCUCGUCAUCUCAACAAUACGCGGACAGGAGCAAAUCAACGUCAUCCAUGCCGCGCGCCACGCCCGCGUCCGUCUCUUCGUUCCAGCGGAAUUCGAGGGCUCGAUAUCUCAUCGCCCAUCCAGUGACGAUCCCCUCGACUACGGCUCUUCCGAAGCCAUCGAGCUACUGAAACAUUGCGCCAGCUCCAAGUCACGCAAGAUGGAAUACACGGUCUUCUCCUGCGGUAUCCUAUACGAGCGCUUCGCACCGGGCGGCCUGGCAGAGUAUGGCAUGGGAGCCCGCGCUACAAUCGGGAGCCAAGGGGUCUACCUUGUCGACGUUGGUAACGCUUCUGCAGACAUUGUUGAGACGAACAGCGCUGGACGACCCGUCCAUGUCUGCAUGACCUCCGUCGCCGACGUGGCUCGGUUUAUUGCAGCGGCCAUCGAGCUGGGUCCUGGGUCGUGGCCCCGGGAGUUCAAGAUGAGAGGGGACAGAAUGUCGGUUCGUGACGUAUUUGCAAAAUGCAGCAGCGUCAGAGGUGUGGCGUUUACCUUGCGAACUCGAAAGUACUCCAAGCUCCAGAGCGAGCUGACACACUAUGAACAACGACAGAACUGGAAUCAGUGGUGGAAUAUCCAGCGUCUGAUAGCGACGGCGGAUGGCCGAUAUGACUUUCGUCAAGCCAAUCUUAAUGAAGCCGUCGACUUCCGUCCUAUCAGUUUCAGGGCGUGGUUAGAAACCAACUGGGGCCCAGGAUCAUAG